CGUAAGUCAGUGAAUGUAUAUCUGGCUUUAGCUUGCGCCUGGUUAUAUUCGAUACAGUGUCUCGGAAGGAGAGGAAAGGCACGGAGGGUAACCAGAACAUCGCGUGUUUACGCAGAAAUCUGCCAUCAUGCCUGGAAUGAAGAUAGACAAAGCCAACCCACAGGGUGGAAAAGUGUUGGGGGAAUACUUAACUCGUAUGAACGCAGAACUUGAUGAAAUAAACAAGCAAUUCCUUGAAGAUGAAUUCUUUCAAGAUGAUGAAGAUCUUCAAGAAAAAUUGGAAUCAUAUAAGAAAACAUUUAUAGAAUACGACAUUGACAAAUCUGGAGAUCUGAACAUCAUGGAUAUCAAGUACAUGAUGGAGAAGCUGGGCCAGGCUAAAACACACCUGGAACUGAAGAAGAUGAUCACCGAGGUGGACACGACGUCCACGGGCGCCAUCAACUACACAGACUUCAUCAAGAUGAUGCUCGGACCAAAGUCGUCGGUUCUUAAACUGAUACUGCUGUUUGAGGAAAAGAUGAAAUCAAAGGAGACGCCAAAAGGUCUUCCCCCAAAGAAGGAUUUGUCCAUGUUACCGUAAACAUCUUACCUUUGUGUGUCUCAUCUUCAUCAUACCUAUCACUAGUGAUUUGGAGCAGAUCGUUACUUGUUAUUUAUGGAUAUCACUCACCAGCAUCAGAGCAGUGUAUAGCUUAAAACAAAUUGGCAGUAAAAACAAAAACCAGGGCACAGUUAUGUAAUAGAGGAUCUUCUCGAGCUAAAGCAAUGGGGCACUUUUUUUUCCUAUUGUCUUCCUAUAACGCCUCAGUCUUCGAUGUCUGUCCCAGGCCUGCUAUGUACGGCUUGUUAAUUAUCCUUUACUCUCACGUGGUCUGGACUUGGGAGGGGAGGGGAGGGGAGGGGAGGGGAGGGAAGGGGGGGGGGGGGGGUCGAAUAUGAACAUAGCGGACUCUUUUUGUCUACAUGGUUUUUUUUUUUAAUGGAAUAGCCUAAUCUUAUGAUUAGCGUAAUAUUGUACAGUAAAAAAAGACAAGUUUUUUCAUCCGAACCCACACUAUGUAUGUAUGUAUGUAUGUAUGUAUGUACGUAUUAUUUUAUAAAAUUUAAUACAGUUUAAAAACAAACAGAAAAGGUUUGAAUUUUUUUUGCCCCCACCCCACUCCUCGCUACGCUACUGGACCAUUCUGAGUUUUAUAACCAUUGUAAACGUGUUAAGCCGAAACAAGCAUUUUAAUUAUUAAAGUCAUAAAACGCAUGCACUUCUUGCUUGGCGUGUUACGAGAAACAAUUAUUUAAUUUGUUGCUCUUUGUGUUUCAUCGAACUUUAUUGUGAUAUAUAAAUGUUCUUCACAUUUGCUUUUUGUGCUACAUCGAACUUUAGUGUGAUAUAAUGUUCUUCAUAUUUUGGGGGGGUCUAUGCUGCUAACAUAUAGUCAGUUCAUUUUGUAUAAUAUUGCUUAAGAGUAUAUAGUGAAUUGUGUUGCAUUUUUAAAUGUGUUUAUAUAUAUAUAUAUAUAUAUAUAUAUAUAUAUAUAUAUAUAUAUAUAUAUGUAUAUAUGUUCAUGUUUUUAUGUUUUAGUAUUUUUUUAACAAAUAAUAUGUAUAUCCAGCAUACUUAUAGCUAACGAUAGAUAUGAACUCGAGAUCCUGUGAAUCGUCUGUUGAAUUACUCACAAUAUUUAAAUAUAUCUAUUGAAUUCGCCUUUUUAAUACACAUAGAAACGUGUCAUGAUCAUUUGCUCAGAUAGGACAGAACUUUUCCAGUUUUUCAGGAACACGCAGUGCCAUUGCUGAUUUGACUGGUAUUUUUUAAAAUACGGUUGAAAUACUUUUUGGGGUAUAAAAUGCAGAUUCAAAUGGAUUUUAUUAUUUAUUAAAGUAAGACACUCUGCCCGGUUGUGAAGUUACCAGUUUUCGACCAUGUUAUUUUGAAACACUUAAAUGAAAUUUUUUUUAAAAGUUUAAAGGCUUAUACGGUCGUUAUAGUUUCCGGCAUUUAAAUUUUGAGUAAAUGUACUUAUAAUACAGUUAUAACCGUA